AUGGCUACUCUUCCAUCUUGCAAACCACAACUGCUCUCCAUCUUCUUCCUUAUCUCAACCACCCACUUCGCCGCCGGCGAGAUCAAGAACACCCACAUCCGCCAUGAUUCCCGGCCCAUGAUCCUCUUCCAGAAAUUCGGAUUCACCUCCGACGGCCAUGUCUCCGUCUCCGUCAACCACCUUUCUUGGAAAUCAAAGUACCAAAAUGCUCGACUCAAACCUUCUUCCCUUGGAUUCUUUCUCGUUAGAGACAAAUCCUUCUCAAGAAUCUUGAAUGAAUCUGAAUACACCCAAGGCUUCUGCAUGCUUUCGAGCCAUUACGUCAAAAUCGUAUUGAGAUUGAGCAAUCUCGGAGCACCCAUCGAUCGAAUUUUUGAUGGAUCGGUAAUAGUAGACGAACCCGAUGAAUAUAACUUGGUUUUCGGCAAUUGUCAGCCGGAAUUCGAAGUUUCGAUGAAGGUUCGCACCGAGAUGUAUAACGUGGAUAACAAUGGCCGAAAGGAUUUCCUUCCCGCCGGCCAACACCCGUUACCGAAACUCUUCUUUCUCUUCUUCGUCGUGUACACAACAUUCUUCGCGAUAUGGGUUUUCGUCUGCGUGAAACAAAGAUCGAUCAUCGACAAGAUUCAUUUGAUAAUGUGUGCUUUGCUUAUAUUCAAAUCCAUGAAAAUGUUGUGUGCUUUUGAAGAUUAUAUGUAUAUAAAGAACACAGGAACUCCUCAUGGUUGGGAUGUCGCAUUCUACUUCUUUGGAUUCUUUAAAGGCGUAACUCUUUUCACCGUAAUCGUUCUCAUCGGAACCGGCUGGUCGUUUUUGAAACCCUACUUACAAGAACGCGAAAAGAGCGUUCUAAUGUUCGUUAUCCCGUUACAAGUGCUUGAAAACAUUGCAGCGGUCGUGAUCGGGGAGACUGGUCCAGCAACGAAAGGAUGGUUCACGUGGAACGAGAUGUUGUUGAUCAUGGACGUCGUUUGUUGCUGCACGGUUUUCUUCCCGAUCGUGUGGUCGAUUCGAACGUUACGCGAGGCUUCGACCACCGACGGGAAGGCGGCUAGAAACCUUCGAAAGCUAACGCUUUUCAAGAAGUUUUACAUGGUGGUGAUCGCGUAUUUGUAUUUCACUCGGGUUGUGGUUUCGGUUAUGGGUUCGAUCGUGAACUAUCGAUACGAAUGGGUUACAACGCUAGCGUCUGAAGGAGGAAGCUUGGUGUUCUAUCUGUUCAUCUUCCAUAACUUCCAACCAGUUGAAAAGAAUCCAUAUCUACUGGUUCAAGAUGGAGAAGAAGGAUGUCAAAUGGCUGAAGAAGGUAGUCUACUUGAGAAGUAAGCUAGGGUUUGAUGAUGAUGACGUUAAAUCAUAGUUUUUGUCGAAAUGUCGGCUACACCAUCACAGAGGAUGUAACAAGUUAACGUUGUAGGAAGAUGA